GAGAGAGAUCUUCGUUCUCUUUCUAGGUUUUCCCUUGGGAUUUUCACACCUCGAUUGUCCAUCCUUUCUUUUCAUAGAAAACCCUAGCUCCGGCUCCUCUUCCUAUACUGAGAUUCUCCAACGCCGCCGCCUGGCGCAGUUUCCACCGAAGCAGCUAAAGCAGAACCCUUCCAUGGCAGCGGAAUCCGUUGCUCCGACUGCAAGAGACCUCCCGCCGAAGGCCUUUGGGACGGAGACUCCGCCAGAAAAGCCCCGGGGUCGGGUUCUCCCAUCCAGAUGUUCAGCAGAUGGCGAUGCUGGAGCUUGGACCCUCUCGAGCAUAAUGCAGAAACUAUCCAAGGGAGACGAACUUGAAAGCUCGCAUGAUCGGUGUAAUGCUUGCACAGAAUUCUAUGUCCAAAAGGGCAUUGGCUAUCUAAUUGAUGAGGACUCAAUUGAGGAAUAUGAAAAGGUGGCAAAGGAAAAGAGGAAGGAGAAAUUGGAGCAACAGGAAGGAGUGGAGUUAAAUUUUCUCAGCAAACUUGGUCAUGUCCAAAAGAUUGAGAUUCUGAAUGGCAUUGCUGACAUGAAGAAUGAGCUCAGGUCCUUCAUGUUUCUUUUGUUUUACAGAACAAAGGUAUAUUUCAGCAGUGGGUGGUCCAGGCAUGAGAAGAGAUGGAUUGAGAGUGGCAUUUGAAGGCUAGAAUUUUUGCAAUGAAGUUGGCAAUGAAAUUCCUGAGAUGGGAAGUCCUAGAGCAGCUGACUGUUUUGAUUUCUUAAAUAAUUCUUUGGAGCAUAAAGUAACAGAAGAACAGAACAAACUUGGGGUAGGAAAAUCAUUCCCAGGUUUGAACCCAAAGGCUCUCAACAAUCCAGACCUUAAUGUGAUCAUUUGACAUAGCUGUUCUUAAGGGAAAAUCCCGACACAUUAAUCAGAUAUACUGCAUUUUUACAUACAUGUAUGGGUCAUGCAGUUCAAACUUGGCAAGCUGACAUUUAGUCAAUUCAUUUGCAUAGGAUGUCUUUUAUAUUCAUGAUACAUUGUUACUGGAUUCCAUGUUCAGCAUUUGUGAUUUUGUUGCCUAAUCAUUUAACUCUUGUUAGCUAUGAGUAAAGAGAAAAAAAGGAACUCCAUCAUUUUAGCUUUUAUACAGUCAUAUUAUAGAAAGAAAGAAAAGAAAAACUUAUUGUGACCCACUUGUAAGUUAUAUCAUGAUGCUUCUGCCAA